CUUCACAGCACUUCGAUCCAAAUCGUAAUCAUCCACCCCCAUCUUAACGUGCGGUCCAGAAAGCCUCCGCCCCGCGGUGGCGACUGGCGAGGUGAUUUUGCCCAUGGGGUCGCCCACCAAUGCGGCGGCGGACUGGUCCGACGAGGCGCUGAUCUACGUCAAUGGCGUCCGCCGCCUGCUCCCGGACGGCCUCGCCCACCUCACCCUCCUCCGGUACCUCAGAGAUAUCGGCCUUCGAGGAACAAAACUUGGAUGUGGUGAAGGUGGAUGUGGAGCCUGCACUGUCAUGGUCUCAUGCUAUGAUCAAAGUACAAAGAAAUCACAGCACUUUGCAAUAAAUGCAUGCUUGGCUCCACUUUAUUCUUUGGAAGGAAUGCACAUAAUCACAGUCGAGGGAAUUGGAAAUUGCCGACGUGGUUUGCACCCAGUCCAGGAACGUUUAGCCGAGGCACAUGGUUCACAAUGUGGAUUUUGCACCCCUGGUUUUGUGAUGUCCAUGUAUGCGCUGCUGCGAUCAAGUAAACAACCUCCUACUAAAGAGCAGAUUGAAGAUAGCCUUGCAGGAAAUUUGUGUCGCUGUACUGGCUACAGACCAAUAAUAGAUGCCUUCGGUGUUUUUGCGAAAACGGAUGAUUCCUUGUACACUGCUUCACCUUCAGAAAGUGCCAAUGGGAAAGCUAUCUGCCCUUCAACUGGGAAGCCAUGUUUGUGCAGAAAUGAGACAGAUGUCAAUGGCAAUGAAUCUUCAUUAUUGUCUUCGGUGAAAACCUACUUGCCUAGUUCAUAUAACGAAAUUGAUGGAAAUGCAUACAAUGAGAAGGAACUCAUUUUUCCUCCUGAACUUCAGUUGAGAAAAAUUAUGCCACUUAGACUGAAUGGGUUCAACGGGGUCAGGUGGUAUAGACCUCUUAAACUAGACCAGCUACUGCAGUUGAAAUCAUGCUACCCAGAGGCGAAACUUAUCAUUGGUAACUCCGAAGUGGGAGUUGAAACAGAGUUCAAGAAUGCUCAAUAUGGGGUCAUGAUCUCAGUUACCCAUGUUCCAGAACUCCACACCCUUAAAGUGGAAGAGGAUGGCUUAAGAAUCGGUUCUGCAGUUAGACUUGCACAGCUCCAGGAUUUCCUAAAGAAGGUUAUUGCAGAGCGUGGUUCUCUUCAAACUUCGUCUUGCCAAGCAAUACUACGACAGCUAAAAUGGUUUGCGGGAACGCAAAUCAGGAAUGUUGCUUCUGUUGGUGGUAACAUUUGUACUGCUAGUCCAAUAUCAGACCUAAAUCCACUUUGGAUGUCUACAGGUGCAACAUUCCAGAUAAUUGAUGUUAACAACAAUGUUAGGACCACCGUUGCAAAAGAUUUCUUUCUUGGUUACCGUAAAGUUGAUUUAAAGGAUGAUGAAGUAUUGCUAUCUGUUAUACUACCAUGGACAAGGCCAUUUGAGUAUGUCAAAGAAUUUAAACAGGCUCAUAGGAGGCAGGAUGACAUUGCUUUGGUGAAUGCUGGAAUGCGUGUGCAUAUAACAGAAGCUGAAGGAAACUGGAUAGUAUCUGAUGUCUCUAUCGUCUAUGGAGGAGUAGCUGCGGUUCCACUCACAGCUGGAAAAACUGAAAGUUUCCUUGUUGGAAAGAAGUUGGACUAUGGAUUGUUGGAUGAGGCCUUUAAUUUGUUAAAAGAGGACAUUCCACUAGCAGAGAAUGCACCAGGUGGAAUGGUUGAAUUUCGCAGUUCACUUACUUUGAGUUUCUUUUUCAAAUUUUUCCUUUAUGUGACACAUGAGAUGAACACUAAAGGAUUGUCGGAGGGGCUGGAUGUAGCUAAUAUGUCAGCUAUACAGUCUUACACUAGGCCUGUUACAACUGGAACUCAAGGUUAUGAAUUAGUGCGACAAGGAACUGCCGUGGGUCAACCAAUGGUUCAUUUGUCAGCUAUGCUUCAGGUGACUGGUGAGGCAGAAUAUGUUGGUGACACACCGACACCCCCGAAUACCUUGCAUGCUGCUCUGGUACUGAGUAAGGAGGCUCACGCUCGCAUUUUGUCUAUUGAUGAUUCAGUUGCCAAAUUUUCCCCUGGGUUCGCUGGUCUCUUCCUCUCAAAAGAUGUGCCCGGUGCUAACAAUAUUGGGCCAAUUAGAUUCCUCCAAAAAAAGAAUAUUGGGCCAAUUAUCCAUGAUGGGGAGGUUUUUGCAUCUGAUGUCGUUACUUGUGUUGGCCAGAUCAUUGGAAUCGUUGUGGCAGACACCCAUGAUAAUGCAAAAGCUGCUGCAAAUAAAGUAAAUGUCAAGUAUUCUGAGCUGCCAGCAAUCCUCUCAAUAGAGGAAGCUAUCAAAGCUGGUAGUUUUCAUCCACAUACCACGAGAUGCCUUUCGAAAGGGGAUGUUGAACUAUGUUUUGCGUCCAAUACAUGCGAUAAAGUUAUAGAAGGAGAAGUUCAAGUCGGAGGUCAAGAGCACUUCUACAUGGAACCUCAAUGCACUCUUGUCUGGCCAGUUGAUUCUGGAAAUGAAAUUCAUAUGAUCUCAUCUACUCAAGCUCCCCAUACACAUCAGAAGUAUGUUGCUAAUGUUCUUGGUCUUCCACUAUCAAAAGUUGUUUGCAAGACUAAGCGUAUUGGUGGCGGAUUUGGUGGAAAAGAAACCAGAUCAGUAAUAUUUGCUGCGGCAGCUUCCGUAGCUUCCUAUUGUCUAAGAAGGCCAGUAAAGAUUGUUUUGGAUAGGGAUGUUGACAUGAUGACAACUGGACAAAGGCACAGUUUCUUGGGGAAAUAUAAGGUUGGAUUUACCAAUGAUGGGAAGAUACUGGCCUUAGACCUCGAAAUUUAUAACAAUGGCGGCAACACGUUAGAUCUGUCCCUUGCAGUCUUGGAACAUGCUAUGCUUGAGUCGGAAAAUGUCUAUGAUAUACCCAACAUCAGAGCCAGUGGGAAAGUAUGCUUUACAAAUUUCCCAAGCAAUACUGCUUUUAGAGGUUUUGGUGGUCCACAAGGUAUGUUGAUUGCAGAGAAUUGGAUUCACCACAUGGCUACGGAACUCAGGCGUAGUCCCGAGGAGAUAAAAGAACUUAAUUUGCACAGCGAUGGAACCGUGCUUUAUUAUGGCCAGUUGCUCCAGAAUUGUAUGAUACAUUCGGUUUGGGAUGAACUAAAGGCAUCUUCUAAUUUUGUGGAGGCUCGCAAAGCUGUGAAUGUGUUUAACAGUAAUAAUCGUUGGCGAAAGCGAGGCAUUGCUAUGGUUCCCACAAAAUUUGGCAUAUCCUUCACUACAAAAUUUAUGAAUCAGGCUGGUGCCCUUGUGCAAGUUUAUACUGAUGGUACUGUCCUGGUAACACACGGUGGGGUUGAGAUGGGACAGGGUUUACACACAAAGAUAGCCCAAGUUGCUGCUUCGUCACUAGAUAUCCCCCUAAGCUGUGUAUUUAUCGCAGAGACAAGUACGGACAAGGUUCCAAGUGCUUCACCAACAGCAGCUUCCGCCAGUUCAGAUUUGUAUGGUGCUGCAGUUUUGAAUGCUUGUCAGCAAAUAAAGGCUCGGAUGGAACCCAUUGCUAGUAGGGGGAACCACAAGUCCUUUGCUGAGUUAGCUGAAGCAUGCUACAUGGAGUGGGUCGAUCUUUCUGCUCAUGGGUUUUAUAUUACCCCUGAUAUUGGGUUUGACUGGAAUGCUGGCAAGGGAACUCCAUUUAAUUAUUUCACCUAUGGAGCCGCAUUUGCAGAAGUUGAGAUUGACACCCUAACUGGGGAUUUCCACACAAGGAAAGCUGAUAUUGUUAUGGAUCUCGGCUAUUCGAUUAAUCCAGCAAUUGAUAUUGGCCAGAUUGAAGGAGCUUUCAUCCAAGGUUUGGGUUGGGCUGCCAUGGAAGAGCUAAAAUGGGGGGAUGAUAACCACAAGUGGAUCCGACCUGGACACCUUUUCACUCGUGGUCCUUGCUCUUACAAAAUACCCUCUGUAAAUGAUAUACCUCUCAAUUUCAAGGUUUCACUGUUGAAGGGCGUUCCAAACCCAAAGGCCAUCCACUCGUCCAAGGCUGUAGGAGAGCCGCCGUUCUUCCUUGCUUCCUCCGUCUUGUUUGCGAUAAAAGACGCGAUCACAGCGGCCAGGGCAGAGGAGGGUCAUCUCGACUGGUUCCCCCUUGACAACCCGGCAACACCUGAAAGAAUAAGGAUGGCGUGUGUUGACUCCAUUACCAAGAAAUUUGCCAGUGUAUAUUACCGUCCCAAGCUUAGUGUAUAGUGGCAACACCUAUAAGGGGGAAACCAGCCAACUUCUGACAAGCUACACCUACUUACCUCAGACAACAAAAUGUAACUGAGAUAAGAUCAUGCUAGACUCAAGAUGCAUCGAUCUGAAGCAAAGUUAAGUACACAGGACUGCGGUGAUAUAUAUUAAAGAGAUCUACAUUGAACAGAGUGAGCUAGACGUGGGAACUGCAAAAUUCAUCGACAACUUGUCAUGCUGAGAAUUUAGAUGCAUAUAUGUUUUUAAGUUUUUUUUAAAAUUACAGAUGCUAUGUGGUUGAACCUAGCUCAACGGUACCACAUCUAAAAAAACACUUCAUGUCAA